CUUGUUUUAGGCAAAGAUUCAAGAUAAUUGAUUUAAAAAGUCAAUGAGAGUGGACUUGAAAUUCUACCACACGAAUCGACAAAACUUAAGAUAGAAAACAAGGAAGCUAAAUUUUCUCAUCACUUCAUUUGCGAAAAAACAAAAAAUAAAGAAACACUGAGGCCUGUCGUGCAUCUCAUUUUAAUCAUCGGUGAGCGAAAAGAGCUCUUUUUUUAAACCUUGGGAGGGUUGAGAAUAGAAUAGCCAGAGAGAGGACAAUAUUUUGAGAGAAGCAACCUGAAAGAGAUUGGAAAACAAAGAACAUGUCGUUUUCCUUUCUUCAAUCCUAAAAUGCAGUCGGGUGCUUCAGAUUCUUAUCCCACAAAACAGUUUUUGUUCCCUGUAUGCCUCUACUACAUUGUUGUUCCCUUUUUCUUUUGGAACUAAUUUCAUCAUCAUCUUCAUCUUCUUCUUCUUUCCUCAUUAGCUUCUCAUGCAUGAAACUUCCUUCCAAUCUUUAACACACUUGGGUCUACAUAAAGUUUCUGUUUUUAGUUUUGUUUUCCUUCAAUUUUCCCUCCUGGUUUUUUCUUACAGGGAAAUUUGUUGGAUACUGACAUCGAAUUUCUUGCUAAAGACGUGUUUAUUGGGGCCUUGAGAUAUGGGAGCAUGUUGUAGUAAGGAAGCCAAUUUCGGUGAAGGAGGUGCGGUGGCUGAGGAUUCCUUAGAAGAGAGGGAUUACGAUGGCGUUGAGGAGGAUGAUCAUUUCACCAUUGGAGAUUUUGGGGCCCGAAUGAGAAUGCAAGGAGCUUCUAAAUAUAUUUCUAUGUAUUCCCAACAAGGGAAAAAAGGAGUUAAUCAGGAUUCCAUGACUGUUUGGGAGGAAUUUAUUGGUAAUAAAGAUAUGUUUUUCUGUGGAGUGUUUGAUGGUCAUGGUCCCUAUGGCCACAAGGUUUCUCGCCAUGUACGUGACAAUUUACCCUCGAGGCUCUCAGCCGCUAUGAAACUAUCACAGGUUCAUAGCUACAGAUAUAGUGAUGUUGGUGUUGUUGAUGGAAACGAUAGUGAUGAAACAUAUAAAAGUGAUGGUAGUAACAAAGGAGAUGAUGAUAGUAAGGUACUCCCGUCUUCAUGGGAGGCCAGUUUAGUUAAAUGCUUCAAGGACAUGGAUGAAGAACUAAGCCUUGAUGCCAGUAUUGAUAGCUUCUGCAGUGGUUCUACUGCUGUAACUGUAGUUAAACAGGGAAACCACUUGAUAAUAGCCAACUUGGGCGACUCUCGUGCUGUUCUUUGUUCUAGAGGCAGCAGAAACCAACUUGUUCCCGUCCAACUCACAGUUGAUUUGAAACCCAAUAUUGCAAGUGAAACUGAAAGAAUUAAGAAUUUAAAUGGCAGGAUAUUUGCAUUGGAAGAAGAACCAGAAGUGUUUAGAAUAUGGAUGCCUGACGAAGAUUGUCCUGGUCUAGCGAUGGCCAGGGCCUUCGGUGACUUCUGCCUGAAAGAUUAUGGCCUCAUCUCAAUUCCUGAAGUUUCAUUUAGAAGGCUUACAAAAAAUGAUGAAUUUGUGGUUCUCGCAACCGACGGUAUAUGGGAUGUGUUAUCGAAUUAUGAUGUGAUUCGGAUAGUUGCUUCAGCAAGAAAGCGAUCUUUGGCUGCUAAAAUGCUAGUAAAAUAUGCAGUUAGAGCAUGGAAAACGAAAUAUCCAGGUUGCAGAGUAGACGACUGUGCAGCUGUAUGUUUGUUCUUGAAAAGUAGAACUGUGUUAGCUAGAUCCUUCUCAGAAGUGAGCAGGGUCAGCGCAAAUCACUCAGAGCUUGCAGAAGACAAUUCAGAAGUGAGCCGAGCUAGUGUGCAUCGUUCAGAGAUUGCCAAAGUUCCUCAAAGACCUAGAACGACGAAAAGUGUUCAAGGAGGUCAAGGCCAUGAAUCUGCACCCACCACAGGCUCAAAAGAGAGCAGCAUAGCGUCUGAUGGAAUAACUAGAGUAAAUUCGUUUGCAAAGAUUCCAGAGUUUGCAAAUUCUUUGAGUCAGCGGAAACCGUUCAAGGAUGAAGAAUGAUGAUGAUGAUGAUCUUCCUGAAGAAUGAAAAGUUUUGGAAAGCUAACAAUGAGACCUUACCAUAUAGAAUGUCAUCUCAGGGAACUUAUACAUCAUUUGUACAAAAAUUUAGAAAGCCCAACACCCAUUUGGCCAUCUUUGAUGUUCAUCCCCAAUUUGCAUGAUUUAAUUGUUCUCUGAAAUAGUAAUGCUAAAAUGGUAGUU